AUGUCGCGAAAAUUAGCACCGUUGCUCCCAGCCAUCGACAGUUCGGGGUUAUCGCCUUUCGACAUUUCGCGCGAAGAUCAAGCCAAGAGGAAACGCGUCGGUACAGACAUUGCCUGCAAUCCAUGUCGUAAAAGAAAGACUCGCGCAUGUCUCAAACGAUCAACCGAAUGCAUAUACGUCGAAAAGAAGGAAGGAACGAAGACCGAGCAGUCGCCCGAGGUCCUUCAAGAGCUCUUCGAUCUCAUGAGAAGUGUUCCAGAGGAUCAGGCUCUGCAAAUACUCUGGUCACUGAGGUCCAAUGAUGACCUGGCUUCGGUUCUUACUGCCGCAAAGGCCGGCGUGCGCAAAAAGGCGCUUCUUCCCGAUCAACCCUCGAUGAGAUCGAAGCUGCCCCAAGAGUCAUCUUUGGAGCUGGAGCUGAUGGUCAAGAACCCAACGGCGUACCCAACACCCAAAUCGUCUCUCACGGCAUCGGAACGUGCUGGCCUGCUCGGUCCCAAAAGGCUCCGCCGGUCAAAGUCCCUAGACCACCAUACGAUCAUUGGGCCCGUGAAUGGCUCGUUCGGUCGUCGGUAUGAUCCUAUUCAUCUGAAUGGACGUUCAGAUUCAGGCUCGGCCCAACGAGCCUCUCCUGACCUAUGCGAUCCCCGCCUCCACCAUCUUAAAAUCAGCUUCUGGACGGACGUGCCUAUCACAGACGACUUUGCGAAACAAGUGAUAUCCUUGUACAUGAUGACAGACCAUCCUUUGUUAGGCGUCUUCGACCCGAGUCUGUUUAUUACCGACCUUGUAGACCAGAAAGAUACACACUGUUCUUCUCUUCUUGUAAACUCGUUGAUGUAUUGGGGAUGUCAAAUGUAUACUGCCAUUGAGAAGAAUGCAAAUAAACUUGCAGAAUCGUUCUGCAAAGAAGCAGAAAGGUUGUGGUUAAUCCAGAAGAAUAAUGAUUCACUUCUCAACACGGCCAGCGCCCAGCUGCUGAGUCUUGCUUACUUGGGACAUGGGAAGGAUCAUUACGUACUCAAAUAUCUUUCCACUGCUCUGCGUAUGGGCACUCGCAUGUCCCUUUUCGGAGUCGACGCACCGCAAGCAAUAAACAACAUCAAACGGUUGUCACCUGAGAUGCAAAGAGCAAGCUCAUUCACCGCAUGGGGGGUGUUUAAUUGGGGAGUACUCAUGGCCCUAUUUUAUCAGCAACCCGGGCUGGAGUACCCUGGUCAUCCGCCAGUACUUCCAAUUCCAGGGGUUCUAAGAUCGGAUUCUCCUAGCCCUGGAUCGAGUAGCUUGAGUGCCGAUCCUUCGGAGGCACUACCUCCAUACAUGGGCAGCACCUUUUCUACACUGUGUCAGUUCUGGCGCAUCCUUCACGGCGUCACAUUAUCCUACUAUAAGGACAAGCCGACUUCGUUGCCCGAGCACGCGUCGAUCGACUUUGCGGAGUUCAAAUACCGAGAGCUCUUGGCGUGGAUAGAAGCACUACCAUCUGACCAGGCCUUGAAAGAUCAUUCCCCUCACCAUGUUGUUGUCUUGCACAUUUGGUUCCAUGCCGCCAUUCUCGACCUCUUCCGACCCUUCCUACAGAGCACCGCUCGCGAACGACAGCGUCUCAAGACAUUUUCUGCCCGCCGCAGCUACCCUGAAGCAGCAUUCAACGCCUCUGUCAAUCAGUUGAAGCAACUUGUUGUGAGGUAUCGGUGUAAUUACGAGUCUUCCGCAUACACAAUGCUCUGGCAGACGGCCUUGAUAUACGUGGCAAACGCGGUACUUCACAAUACUGAGGAUCCCGAGUGGCGACUUUAUUUUCUGGCUUGCAUAUACGGAUACGAGGGUUUGAGAACAUCAUACCGGGUUGCCGAAGUCAUCUCUCGAGGACUUUUAACCAUGUCGCUCCAAGAAGGCGACAUGUCUGGCAGCGAGGCACGGUAUUUGCUCAAGCAAGUCACCGAACCUGAAGGCGCCGGCGGCAAGGGCGAUGUGAGGGCUACCUUUAUGGCAGAUCUUGACUUAGCGAUGACUGAUCCUGAGGCGGCGAAGGUGGAGAAUUUGGCCAGAAGAUUCGAAGAUGUGGCUUUAUUUAGCGACUUCACGACCAUGGACGAUGAAGAGGCACGGCGGUUCCAACGGAUAGAAACACCAGAUGGUGCGGAGUGA